AUGGUUCUUUCAGGAGCAUGGCGUUUGGAUGCACUGAUCACCAUUUUCUACCAGAUGUCGUUGUUCUUCUCCGUACAAUUGCUUUUCGUCAUUUUUCUCGAUUAUAUGCCGCGAACGACGUGCGACGCCGACAAUUAUUGCUAUAAGCUGAAUGGGAAGUGCAUGAGCAAUUACGACAAAAAUCUGCCGAGUUUAUGCCCAGCGAACGAUACCAAAUUUUUGGAAUGUGUGGAAGAUAAGAAGAGACUCGAUUUCAUUUCGGCACAGUACGAAUAUCAGCAUGGCUGCACGGGUCUCCGCUCAUUCUCAAUAUCUACUGUCACUUUCAUUGGCACCUUAUUUGGAAAUACGGUAUUGGGAUCAAUGGCGGAUAAGUUGGGAAGAAAGCCGGCGUAUCUUACGGCACUUGCUAUUGGGAUCCCUUCGAUUGUUCUGGCAGCCGCUGUCCCCGGCGUCACAGCGUUCUACAUAUUCCGAUUGCUGGCUGGAUUCGCUGUCUCUGGAACGAUGACUGUCGGAUGGACGUAUGGAUCGGAAAUGAUCUCUCCGUCAAUGCGACUGCGAUUAAGAACAUUCCCAAAUUGGGCGAACGCACGAAUGAUGCAAGUGGCAGUGGCAUAUUUCACGGGAGAAUGGCGAUUGGAGUCAUAUUGGCAUUCAGGAUUAUCGCUAAUUUUGGUUCCAAUUAUGCUUUUCCUACCUGAAAGUCCGGUUUUUCUCGAGCAGAAGCAAAAAUACGAUGAAGCUCACGCGGCUCGAGCAAAAAUUGCCCGAAUUUGCAAUUUGCCAUAUUCUGAAAAAGAAAUUGGCGAAACAAAGAAGCUGAAAAAAGUUACAAUUGGCCGAGUUUUCCGAAGUCCACAUUUGAGAAAGAAUUUUUUGGUUUUAUGCUGGAUGUGGUUUUAUGUUGGGACUUGUGUGUAUAUUACGGACCUAAAUGGCGGCGAUAUGUCCAAGAAUUUUUAUGUGGGCCAAUUCUUCUCAGGAUUUAUGCUGUCAAUUUCCCGAAUUGCGGUUGGCAUUGCCGAGCCCAAUUUCAAAUGGCUUGGUCGCCGAUUGUUAUUCCUGACUGCUCAAGGAAUCUCCCUUAUCUGCUAUAUUAUCAUUUUGGUGGCCUUAUAUACGGAUAGCAAGAGUCAAAUAUGGUAUACAAUCACCUAUAUUUGUGCAUAUUCAUUCCAGUCCCUUUGUCUCGAACCCUGCUAUCUUUGUUUGGCUGAACUCAUGCCUACAGAUGUUCGAACCACUGUUGGAGCAGUCGUGAACAUUUUAAUGAAGAUAGGGACCAUUAUUGCAACAACCACGGUUCCUCUAAAAUAUUCCUAUGAGCCUGCAUUGUUUUGGAUCAAUCUGGCAUUGGGAGCAUUUGGAUGGAUUGUGAUCUACAUUUUCCUUGAGGAGUCACGAUUCUUGAAUCUCUUAACUGUUGGACAAGAGGAUGUUAGCGAAGAGGCAGAGAUAGUCCCUGAUGAUGGAGCUGGACCAACUCGAUCAGGAUCAGCGUCAAAUUCUAAAAAAGAAAAUUAA